UGCGAAUCCUGUCGCCAAUUGGAAAGAGGGGGUGGAGCCCGGGCCUUGUCAAGCGUGGCCAACCAGCGAGAGGAGCGGACUUUGGGGGGCGGAGCCGCGAGGCCCUCUCCCAAUCGCACAAGGCCAGGGGCGGGGCGUUCUUGGGGGGCCCAAUGAGGAACGCCGCCGAAGCGGGCCUGUCAAGAGCAGGGGCUGGGGGCGGGGGGAUGGUGAGUCGGGGAUAAACACUCCGCGGCGGUGGCGGCUGCAGCUCUGCUCCGGGUUCUGUCACGGUGUCGGCGGUGCCCAGCUCCCGGGCCCUCUCCCCCUCCCGGCGAGCGUGGUCGCCAGAGAGGCUCCCUCACUCCUGCUCCGCGGGGUCCGCAGCGGGGCGCGGGUGUCUGACGGCGGCAGCGAGCCCGUGGGCAGUGGGGGUUGGUCCCGCGGCUCCGGCCCCCGGUGCAGAAUGGCGACGGCGGUUCGGAUGAACAUCCAGAUGCUGCUGGAGGCAGCCGACUAUCUGGAGCGGCGGGAGAGAGAAGCUGAACAUGGUUAUGCCUCCAUGUUACCAUACAAUAACAAGGACAGAGAUGCCUUAAAACGGAGGAACAAAUCCAAGAAGAAUAACAGCAGUAGCAGAUCAACUCACAAUGAAAUGGAGAAGAAUAGACGGGCUCAUCUUCGCUUGUGCCUGGAGAAGUUGAAGGGGCUGGUGCCGCUUGGGCCCGAAUCAAGUCGACACACUACGCUGAGUUUGUUAACAAAAGCCAAAUUGCACAUAAAGAAACUCGAAGAUUGUGACAGAAAAGCCAUUCACCAAAUAGACCAGCUUCAGCGGGAGCAGCGGCACCUGAAGAGGCAGCUGGAGAAGCUGGGCAUCGAGAGGAUCCGGAUGGACAGCAUCGGCUCCACGGUCUCCUCAGAGCGCUCCGACUCGGACAGGGAAGAGAUCGACGUGGACGUGGAGAGCACAGACUACCUCACGGCGGACCUGGACUGGAGCAGCAGCGGCGUGAGCGACUCCGAUGAGCGGGGCAGCAUGCAGAGCCUCGGCAGCGACGAGGGCUACUCCAGCGCCAGCAUCAAGAGGAUAAAGCUCCAGGACAGCCACCAGACGUGUCUCAGUCUCUAAGAGCGGGCUGCGGCUGCCUCUGCGAAGGCUCUCCCCGUCGGAUCGGAUUAGGUAGCGUAUGGACCUGCCCACGACUCCCUUGCACGUCGACUCCCUGUACCACCUUUUCCAGAUCAGCUUUGUAACGUUUCAAGGAAGUGCUUAGGACUGUGGGUUUCUGAUUGCAUCCACUAGCGUCUCUUUCUCUCCACAAAAAUCUGUCUCCGAGAGAUUAUGCAUUCCAAUCGAUUCGAAGCACCCAGGAAUCCUUUUGCCGAAUACGCAAGUGUCCCCUCUCAGCGGUGUCCCUCUUUGCUGCCCUCACGUCCUCCACCAGACCUUUCUCACAGCUUUCUGGCUUACUGUGCUACUCGCCCAGGAGGAAUGCCCCAGUGUGUCCUGUGCUUAGGAAAUAGAAGGAAGCAAACUUUUCCAGUCGAGAUCCCGAUCUCAGAACUCCAAAGUAAGCUUUGAAAGCGGCACUUAAGAGCACUUAACUGUGGACCUCACCCCCUGUGAGGAAGUCAGGAAUACCUCUGGGAAGCACACCAUUCACACGCGGCCCGUGCGCAUUCCCCCGACGCGUCGUGUGUGGACGGGGGCAGUAUUUCUCACUUUAAAAUGGACACCUUGAUAGCGUGUCUUUGGGCUUGCACAGCUUAUAAAAGUUCCAAACUGUUUCUUCUCACACACAAAACAGUACAACCUGUUUUUGUAUGAUGCUGUUGGGACCCUGCUGUGUACUGCUAUCUCAAGGCACAUUUUCCCCUAAAGUUGGUUAAUGCUACUUGUCUCUGGAACAUUUUUUUUUCCUACCUCAGAGAUAAAUGAGAUCUCCAUAUCCCACUUAACACAAAGUGAUUAUGCCUCUUUUUUUUUCCCCAAAUAAGUGACAUUUGGUCCAAUUCUAAUCUAUUUUCCUAUUUAACUUUCAGCAAUAACUGAGCUUUGUCACUAGCUGCGCUGGUGGCCAUCAUCAGUGAGAGGAAAAGUCCACAUUUCUGCUCUGUUGCAGGUGAACAGGAGGGGAUGGUACAGUGGUACCAGAAUUCCUCUCCUUACUGAUUAUUUUUGGACACACUCGGAAACUUCUUUCUGGAGGCUUCUGGGUUGAUUGCUUAAAAGGCUGAUUUUUCUUUUUGGUUAUGAUUUCUCCCUUUCAAGUGGGCUCCCACUUCGUAGCAUUUUUAUUUAAGCUAAAACAGAGCACAUGUAUAUGUACAUACGACACAUGAAAUCUAUAAAUACUAUUUAUUCAUUUUAUAUAAACUAAUGUAAUGGAAAAUAAAUUCUUAUGACUUUGUGCUUUUAUAGAUGUUCUAGAAACUUUGUACGUAGGUAUCUACAAAAUUGGUUCAUUCCCCGUAAUAUUUUUGCAUACAUAUUUUUUGAGGUCUUGAGGUUUUCAGCCUCUGGCGAAUCUUUUUCAUUAAAUUUGAACCAUUUGUAAAAUCUGUGAUGCUGAAGCAGAGCGUGUCACCAAGUGAUGAGAACAUUCCUAAAAUCCACAGACGCACUGCGACCUAAGGGCUCAACGGCUGACUUGGCAGCGGGCAGCCACCCCGUGCUCCCCUGCGGGGGCCUGUGGUCCCUAGCGCCCCACAGCCGCUCAGGUCACCGGCGCUUGCACCUUGCACGCAGCUCAAGUCAAAUUCAAAGGACUCUACACAGAAGCUCAUUCCAUACGUGGAGAGUGAGCUAAACAAAACAAGAUUUCUUCUGUGGUUUUUAAAAAAUGAUUCUUUAAUUUAUUAAAAAAUGUUUUCAUUGGAAGUAGUGGAUUCCUAAAUUAUUCCAAAGUCAUCUGUAAUUCUUCUGUUUUUGUUUUGUUCUGUUUUUUUUUUCCUUCAUUUCAGCUUUGGGUUGGGGGAGGGGCAGGUGACACACAGGAUUUUUUUUAAUUGUUGGAAUCUUUUCCAAUAACCAGCUGAAGAUUUGCACUGAAAUACAACUUGUAUGCCUUUUGCAUCUUUAAAGCCUGCUUCCUGAAUUUAAGCAGAGUGAUAGUGUUCAAAGAGCCAGCGCAGCCUGUAACAUGUUUGAAAAAGAUUUAUCUGCACUUUGAGGUCCCUUUUGAAUGCCAUUCACUAGACCUCUCAAGUGUUUUGUUUCAUUGCUACAUCCAAGCGCCUCACAAGUCCACGAUGCUGAUGGCAUCAGAAACUCAAGACUUUGGAAAAAGCUUGUGGGCUUGCCUUGGGGGAGGGAAGGGAACAAAAUCUGUGUACUUUGUUUAAUUUAGAAAUAAGGCAUCUGGGAGAUGCCAUUAUUUUCUGUGUUUUAAUUGUUGUGCCUUUGAGUUAAACUGCAUUUUUGUCUUUUGGUUGAAAUAUGAAAUGUAUUGUCCCAAUAUAAAGCAGUAAUUAUUUGACCUUUGCACUGUUUGUCUGGUCCUUUUCAAUUUGGUUGCAUAGAAAUGUGAACUUGAUAGAGCUCUAUAUUUUUAAUACACUUGUGAUAAACUGACACCAGGGUUAGACAUUACUUUCAAAGCUUGAGGUGAACCGAGUCGGCAUGCUAGACAGGCUUCUCCUCACCAAAACUGUAAGCUUCAGGACCAGCAAACUCAGCCCAAGGCAGCUAAUCCCUUCCCCUGUGGCUGAUCCUCAGCCCCGUUCACCAAUCUGUCCUCUCUCAUUCACUGAUCCACCAGCCUGACUACUAAGAGCUAGCCGUCUUUUUGGUUGUUUUGUCUUUUGAAGUAAAAUGAAAACCUUUCUAUUAGGGUUGUCGGGGGGCGGGGAGGGGCAGAGAUAUAAACCCCAGCCUUUAAGACUUUGACAAUUGUACGUAACUAUAGAUGUGUAUAAAUAUAGGCACAUGCAUAUUUUUAUGUGAAAGUUGACUUUAAAAAAUGAAGAAGAAAUCUAAACAGCACUCUUAUUGAUACCAUCAGUAUGCAAGUAAGAAAAUAAGAGUACAUAGUCCAGUUUAAUUUCGUGCAGUGAGAAAAUAUCUAUGUGUGCUUCUGCAACAUCCCUGAGAACAUAGCUCUCCACCCCUUGCUGGCUCUGAAUGGUGAGCUGAGCACCCAGAGCAUUUAUAUUUCUUUUGCUAAGCAGAGAUCUUGAAUUCUCCAAGGUGCUGACAGCCACUGCUGGCUCCUUUCUCUAGGCAUAGACCUAGAGCUAGUUUAGAGAUUCAAAGACCACCACAUUUCUGAGCAGGACCUAGAUUCUCCCUGUCAAGCCAGGACCAAGAGAAUUUCAGUGUUGAUUCAGAGUUGAGCAUUAAGUAGGCUCUGAUCCUGCAGUUGGCCACUUGAGUAGUUGUUGUUGUUUUUUUAAGGUGGGCAUUUUCCUUUAACCUCUACUUUUCAAAAGUAACAAAGGAUUCUCAUCUGGGUGUCCUGUGGCCUCUCCCCCCUUCCCUCUCCCCAUCCUAAAGGGGCCAAGAGCAUCAAAUCCUGGGUUGUGCAAAGAAAGUGUAAACUAGGUAGGAUUGUGAUGCUCAAAAUAACCACUGAGCAACAUAUUGGGACUUGGUCAUGGAUUUUGUGGGCUUUUUCUUCUUGCCUCUUCUCCAUCCUUUAAAGAGAGAGCUUCUAUUGGAGAAGUGUAUGCGUACACACACACAUAUACACACAUGUAUUUUUUAAGUUUCUAUGCCAUACUGUAUUGGCAAGAAUACCAUUUUCAUUGUGCUUUUUCAUCUGUUUAUUCCCCCAAGUCUUAGUCUUUUCUGUUUCUUCAUGUUUCCUCAAAUUUCUUUGUUUUCCCUGUGUGUUGAACACCAGGUAAUAGAAGACUAGAGACAAUGUCCUGCAUGUCACUUAUUUUUCUAUGUCUGACUCUGAUGCGGCGUGUAUAGGUAGCUGGCUACUCCUGAGUUAAAAAUCUUUCCCUGGGAGAAGACAACCCAAAGGCUCUUUAAAUCAGGUGGUUUUCCCCAUUCUACACGAUCAGAUCUCUGUCGACCAUAUAGGAUGUUGUGUUUUCAAAGAUGCUGUGUUAGGGGGUGGGGGCAGUAUGUGAUAAAUCAUGGUUUUUUUUAUCAUCAGUGUUUACUACAUGGAUGGUUUUCUCACAUAUUCUUCUGAAAGAAGAAGUCAUUGAUAGGCACUGCUAGAUUCAGCUGUUGUUUGGCUGAAGAAAUGGAGUAUCUUUGUCUUUUCUCCAGAUCAUAAAAUGAGGGUUAAAAAGGCACCUGGUUCUAAGGUUGAUUCAGAUUUUUAAUUUUGAUUUCUUGUUCUAUCGGGGGGGUUGGGUCGAGGGGGCAUUCUUCGUGGUAGCUCUCACCUGACAACCAGACUUGCCUUUCCCCCUUGACCCUAGAAUUGGUGCUCUUGGAACCCCACGAUUAGCCGUCAGGUUUGGGGCCCUCUUCCUAAUGCUGACCACAGCCUAGACAGAGGAGCAGCAGAUGAAAGAGUGUGAAACUCAGUUUCCAGACAUUUAUUUCUUUGUGUAAAUAUGAUGCCAAUGUAAGUCCUGUGUCAAGACCAUAGAGGAUGGUGCUUUUUACUACAGUUAGUACAUGCAUUUUUAGAAACUACUCCAUGUUUUAGAGAAUCUUUGCUGUGUAUAUGUAAACUUCUGUAUUGUUCAUCCGUUAACAAAUAAAUUAUUUCAUUAUUUAAGAAUGUCA